CUUGACAGUUGUCACAUUUUGUUUCAUUGUACACACACGAAAAUCUUUCAUUUGCUCUAAAGCCAAAUAAAUUAUCAAGUGUCCUAUAAAAAUUCACAGAACUGUAAGAAAAUUCACAAGUAAUAAAUUUUGAUAAUGGCCAAGUGUAGUAAUACUUUGUCUGGUCUUAAGACAUCGCGUUUGGAACACGGAAUGGUUUUGCUGCGUCAGGAGAUGGCCUCAAUUGCCUGUGAUCGGGAUGAAUUGCAUCUGGAGCAGAAAACGCGUAUGAAAAAUGGCGAGGCCCUGCAUCCCGAGGAUAGUGUUAGGAAACUGACCAAACGUCUGCAAGAUCGUGACAUGUAUAUUGCCUUCCUGGAGGAGCAAAUCAAAUUGACGCGUUCCAAAUACGAGCUGAAAGUGAGUGAUGUGAAAAUUGGUGCCGAUCUUCUAGAACAGGAGCUAAAGAAGUUACGCCACGAAUUGCAAGAGAUUACUUCCAAGGCCAAGGAUCACGAUCAGUUGCAACAACAAAUGGAUAUCCUUUAUAGCAAGCUAAGCCGUCGCAAUGCCAUUAUAGCCCAAUAUGAGGCCCAGCACACAGAGAUAAUGUCCAUAAUCAGUCAGUUGCAUCAGUGUAAAAUGAAUCGCUUGCAUCAUCAAAAGGACAUUGGAACACAGACCGUACAGAAUGUAAAGCAAUCAACUAAUGAUACAUCCGAUGCAACGAAUGUCCAUUCAAAGUUAGAUGGAACAGCUGCAAAAGUCCAUAAGAAACCAGUGCAAAAAUUUGCCUGUCUUACCACAGCUUUGAGAAAAAAAAUAGAACUAAAGACCGAGGCCUAGGAGAGAUGAAUCGGACACCCCCAUUUGAUAGUGAUUAUAUUCGAGAUCUAGAAAACCUACAAACGUAAUCCAAACCAAACUUAAAUUUUAAAGAGAGAGAUUAAAGUAUUCGAUUUUU